GUCAGGUAGUAUUCAGAAAGUUAUGACAGAUACGAUGUACAUCGUUUGGUGAAUGUUUAAACAAAAUGGUGGAUUGUUUAUAUUUUACAAUAUGGAUCGCGUUGAUGGUCCAUUUUGUGAGCGCAUAUGGCACGUGCGAAGAUGGAUCAUUGAAUGGAGUAAAGUGCUCUGCAGGUUGUUGCUAUGACAACGACUUCCCAGGCUUUUGGAAAUGUUGUGAGAGAUAUUAUAACUUCAACCCACCUAGAACUAGGCCUGUGUUCAUUGAAAUAGGAAGCGGCAUCGGCGGGCUUCUGGUCAUUAUAUUCGUCUUCAUUUGCUGUUGUAUAUGCUGUAUGAAGAAGUUACGUAGAACACAAGCACACACCGACCAAACGGAAACAGCGUCCGUAUGUCAGCAGCCUAACCGGGCCCUGCCUCUCCACCCCCUUCAGGUCAUUUCAGGCAAUGUCGUUAGAAACGACAUAGCGUUUCAGGAUCCACCACCAUAUGAGCUAUUGGGAGCAAAUUACUCUAGCGAGUCAUUCCACCAAGUCGUUAAUAUGCAGUCGAUCUUUGACGCGGGAAACAGCAUAGGGAAGCCACCACCUUAUGAACUAGGGAGAUAUAAUUAUUCUAACGAGCUAUCCCUUCAAACCGGAAAUAUGGUACAGAGCUCUCCCCUCAGCAACAACAUGGCGGAGCCACCGCCUUAUGCAGAAGUCGUCGCAAAUUAUAAUCACCUUUAAUUGUUGUUUAAAGGUUCGAGACAUGUAUUAACAAUGUACUUAUUCUAACAAAUAUUGAAACGGGCAGAGUCUGAACUUUUAUUGCCGAACGCCUGUUGAGUAAACGACGUCUUCACUUAGUUUUCCUAGUAUUGUGUACGCGAACACAUUGAAAAUGGUUAUUGAUUACCCACAUCAUAAACAUAUUUCAUUCGACCAACGCACUUGAUUAUAAAAGGCCGGAAAUACAUAGUAACAUGUGAUUCGAAUGUAAAGGUCGGUAACCGGGAUCGCUAAUACAUUUAUAACUACCACUAAUAGUGUAAUUGUUGCAUUGUAUGCGAUGAAUGUUAUGAUCAGUAUCUUAUGUUGAUUGAGUUUAAUUCAAUCAUUUAAUAGAAAUGACAUAUUUAAAAAAGAUGCAUUAUAAACAGCAUGUACAUUACGUUAUAUCGAUGAUACACUUACACUAUGAUUAUCCCGAACCAAUAUGUUUUUCUUUAUCUAUUAAUUUGUUUUCCAAAUCAUAUUAAUGACCUUACACAUGAAGCUUUUAAAUUAACUAAUGGUGCAUAUAAUGGUGUCAUAUUGUGCUGUUAAUUGUUUGUAUUUGUAUAAAUUACCUUCAUAUGUGUUGAAUUAUAAGAAAUGAUGCACAUUGUUAAAUAUGGCUAUGUACUUAAACUGAUAUGUUUGUAAAAUAGAACCAAUCUAUAAUAUCUAAAUUACGUUAUGAAUAAUGAAUAUUGAAUUGCAUGAUUUUCAUGACCUGUCAUACCUGUUGUAUUGAUUUAUAUAUAUAUGUUUAUGUAAAUGAUUGGGCCGGAGGCCAUAUAUCAUAAUAAAAUUAUAUAUAUAUAUAUAUAUAUAAAUUAUGUACAUUAAGAGUAUGUUCAUGCAAAGGUUUAAAAUAAACACAUCCGUCCAUCAGAUCUUUAAAUUAUCAGCACACCUUCAUGUUGUUUUUAAAACAAAACAUAAUACAAUUGUUGUACUACUAAUGUGAAGUGGAAUACUUGAAGUUCAUAAUGGUCUAUGCUCGGACUCGACUGCGACUACAGAACAUCAUCUCGACAUGAACAGUGAUGUUUUUGUUACAGUUUACAGGGGGUUUUCCCGUGAAUAGGUAUAGCUACCUUUGCAAUUCUUUAAGGGCCUUCCACAAUGCAAACGUUAGUUUGAAGGACCAAACAAUA